UCUCAUACAGUGCAGACGCUUUUUUCUCUGCUCUUCCUCUGCUUGCUCUGCCUCUGUUGACACUUUUUUUCUUGCUGAUAAGCUCGUUUUCUUCGGAAAUAUUUUUUUAGAAGCGUCGACUCCUGAAUACUUUUAAAUCUAUGGGACUUUUUUUUUUUUUUGUGGAUAAUCAGUUGUUUCAUCAUCACGUGAUCGUGGCCUGCUAAUUAGCACAAGCCUGGUGUUAGCAACAAGACCAGCCAUCAAGAUGCCUCCUUCUCUACAACGGACUAUCAUGGACUACUGCAGAGGGUUUCAAUUCUGGAAUCGAAAAUCUGCCGCCUUGAAGUCUAUGUGGAUGUAAAUGGACAGUCGGGAAAUGAAACCACUCUACAGAUGUCUCAAAAUGGUGAGCAGAGGUUUGCUAACAGACAGCCACCUGGCUCACCAAGGAGGACUGAAGUGAACAUUUGAAAGGAAAACGGACACCCCAGCAGUUCUCUCUGGAAUUUACUGAGAGCAAAGCCCAAACAUAUGGGAUAUUUAAAAAGGAAGACACAACAGCACCAGGCAACUACUGAAGAAUCUGGCUGGCCUGUGUUGCGGGCCACCUCAACAUCAAGUGGGGCAGCCAUGGACGGUUGUUACAGCAAAGACCAAGAAAAAAGAAUGUGAGUCAGUGCAAAAUAUUGAUGUCAGACUUAAAAAUACAUUUGAGGCACUCCUACAAGGCCCAGGCCAAGAAUGCUCAUCCUCCACCACCACUGAAAGCACUUUUCUGAAGUGGGAAGGGGGACCCGUGUUACCCUUUUGGGCUGUGCCCGGCCAAGCCCAAUGGGUGCAAGCCCGGCCACCAGGCACUCGCCUUCGAGCCCCACCUGCAGGAGUUCUGUUCCUAUGCUGGAUAAGAUGCUGUACUUACCAUUACCGCUGAGAAGUGGAUGGAGAACAAGAGGAGGCUGUGCUUAGCAAUUGCAAAGAAAUUUGGUCCUCAACCCGUAACAUAGUUAAUGGAUUAUCUAUUGGCUGCAGAAGCAUUGGCAAAAGACACAACUUUCUUCUUUGGGGCCACAAUGUCUAAAAAGAACAACAUCAGCAAUCUCUCUAGGUAGAUACCAGUAAAUACUGAAAGAGAGGAGAGAGAAGCAAGAAGAUGACAAAGCUGUCAGUGCUCUGAGAGGUGCAGACUGCUCCUAGGCUUGUCUGAUAAUCUGCUAUUCACUACCGCUUGAGCAAAGAUCCCCAGACCAGAGAAGAGCCUGUGGGCAUUGUGCAGGGGGUCAGAAAAGAAGAAUUGGAAUAAUUAUCUACUCCACUCUUGGUACGAGUGUAAGGUCAUCAUGAGGAUGAAAGGCCUCAUCUUGGGCUGCGUGAUUGUGGCGAUGGUCCUUCAGCCCGCCACUGCUGGCCUAGUAAAGAAGGUCAUACGCCAUCGCAGAGAGGCUCUGAUGCCUAAGAAGAACCAAGAGAACCUCACACUACCAAACCCUGACCAACCAGUUGUCUUCAACCAUGUCUACAACAUCAAUGUUCCCUCCACAUCCCUCUGUUCCGUGGACCUCGAGUCACCUGGAGGCACCGUGCCCAAUUACAAGAAUAAGCCACUGGACAUGCAAAACACUGAGUACAUGGAGCACACAGUGGAUGGUGACAAUCAGAUUGUAUUUACCCACCGCAUCAAUAUCCCCAAGCAGGCAUGUGGCUGCAACAACCAGCCACCUGAUAUAAAAGAAAUCCUAAACAGACUGGAGCUGUUGGAAUCGGAAUUUUCCAGUCUGAGAGAGCAGUGUGGCAGUGGGGCAGGUUGCUGUGGAUCGCAAAUUACUGGCGAGGUCUCCAUAAAGCCUUACUGUAAUGGCCGUGGGAAUUGGAGCACAGACACCUGCAGCUGCGUUUGUGAGCCAGGGUGGAAAGGCCCCAACUGCACUGAACCUGAGUGCCCCAAUGACUGCCAGGACCAAGGCCGCUGUGUGGAUGGAAAAUGUGAAUGCUUUGAAGGCUUCAGUGGUGAUGACUGCAGCACAGAGAUAUGCCUGCUGGACUGUGGUGAUUAUGGUCAUUGUGUGGAAGGGUCUUGUCUAUGUGAGGAGGGCUUCAUUGGUGAGGACUGCUCCCAGACAAACUGCCUCAACAACUGUCUGGGUCGUGGACGAUGCGUUGAUGAUGAGUGCGUCUGUAAUGAGCCUUGGACUGGCUUUGACUGCUCUGAACUCAUCUGUCCAAAUGACUGCUACGACCGUGGACGCUGUGUGAAUGGCACUUGCUUCUGUGAUGAUGGCUUCACCGGAGAAGACUGUGGUGACCUCACUUGUCCUGGCAGCUGUAACAACCGUGGCAUGUGUGUGAACGGACAGUGUGUCUGUCAGAGUGGCUACAGUGGGGGAGAUUGCUCCAAGCUCACCUGCCCCCAGAACUGCAAUGAGCAAGGGCACUGCUUCAACGGGAAAUGCAUCUGUGACCCAGGAUUUGAGGGUGAAGACUGCUCUAUUCUGUCAUGCCCUGAAAACUGCAGCAACAAAGGCCAGUGUAUAAAUAGAGAAUGUUUGUGUGAUGAAGGAUACCAAGGUGAGGACUGUGGCGAGCUCUCCUGCCCUAACAACUGCCUAGAUCAUGGGCGCUGUGUUUCUGGCCAAUGCAUAUGUGAUCAGGGCUUCACCAGCAAGGACUGCAGCAUCAAGACCUGUCCUAAAGACUGUAUGGGACGUGGGGAGUGUGUAGAUGGCAAGUGUGUGUGCUUUGCUGGUUUUACGGGUAAAGGCUGUGGCGAGCUGACCUGCCCCAAUGACUGUCUCAGCCAUGGUCACUGUGUGAACGGCCAAUGUAUUUGUCACAAGGGUUUCACUGGUGAUGACUGCAGUGAGAAGACCUGCCCCAAAAACUGUUUGGACAGAGGAUAUUGCAAUGAUGGCAUCUGUGUUUGCUAUGAAGGCUUCACUGGGUUCGAUUGCUCCAUCAUAACCUGCCCUGGAGACUGCCAGAACCAGGGAAUUUGUGAAAAUGGAGUGUGCGUCUGCAAUGAGGGUUUCAUUGGUGAAGACUGCUCUGCUGUUUCACCGCCAAAGGACCUAACUGUGGAAGAAGUCACACCUGAGACAGUGGAUCUGUCUUGGGAGAAUGAGAUGCAUGUAACAGAGCACCUCAUCACCUACACUCCCACAGCCCCUGGAGGCCUGGAUUUGGAUGUGCGGGUGCCCAGCGACCAGAAGAAGGCCACUAUUAUAGAGCUAGAACCAGGCAUUGAGUACCUGAUCAGUGUGUAUGCUAUUCUCAAUAACAAGAGGAGCAUUCCUGUUACUGCCAGGGUGGCAACACACCUUCCUGAGCCUGAAGGACUGAAGUUCAAGACAGUGCGUGAGACAUCUGUGGAGGUACAGUGGGACCCACUGGACAUCCCCUUUGAUGGCUGGAACCUCAUCUUCAGAAACACUAAAGAGGAAGAUGGUGAGAUUUUUAGCUCCCUCAGCCGUCCAGACACAACCUUUGAGCAGUCUGGCUUGGGCCCUGGCCAGGAAUACGAAGUCAAACUGGAGGUAGUGAAGAACAAGAAGCGUGGACCUCCUGCCUCCAAGAAUGUCAUCACAAGAAUUGAUGGCCCGAGCCAGGUGAACAUACGUGAUGUAACGGACACAACAGCGUUGGUGACUUGGUUCCAGCCUGUGGCCAAUGUGGAUGGGAUCAGUAUCACUUUUGGACCUGGCUCCAGCCCUGCUGAUCACCGUGUGCUUGAGCUUUCCUCCACAGACACCCAAUACCACCUUGGAGGCCUCACCCCAGACACCCAAUAUGAGGUAUCUCUGACAGCCAGGAAGGAAGACCAGUCAAGUGUCCCGGUUUACGAAUCAUUCUUCACAGACUUGGAUGCCCCCAGGGAGCUUCAGAAGCUGGAGCUGACUGAUGAAAGCAUCACUCUUCAAUGGAAAAACAGUCAAGCUCAGGUGGACAACUACCGUAUUAAGUAUGGACCUCUGUCUGGAGGCGAGCACAGAGAACUGCUCUUCCCUGCUGGUCCAAAAGAAACAACGCAGGCCAAGAUCAUCGGUCUGAGACCAGCCACAGAGUAUGGAAUGGGAGUGACAGCAGUGAAAGGUGAUCGGGAGAGUCUGCCAACGACCACCAAUGCUGUGACCGCGCUGGAUGCACCAAAGGACCUAACUGUUGCAGAUGUGACAGAGACAACGAUGACAUUAGAGUGGAGGCGUCCCCUGGCCAAAUUGGACUCCUACCGACUUGUCUGUGUUUCCGCUGAUGGCCAAAGGACAGAAGAAGUGCUCCUGGGAGGAUCUGAGUCUCAUACCUUGAGAGGCCUAACACCAGGCAUGCUCUACACCGUCAGCAUCACUGCUGAGAGGGGCCGCAGGACGAGUGCACCGAUCAGCAUCUCAGCACCUACAGAUCUGGGGCCACCUAAAGGCAUACGCUUCUCUGAUGUCACUGACUCAUCCGCUACCGUCCACUGGGUGGUUCCAAGAGCCCGAGUGGACAGCUACAAGGUCACGUAUGUGCCAGCUCAUGGAGGAAAUGCUAAGACUCUGACAGUGGAUGGAUCAAACUCGCAGACUGUGCUCCCAAACCUGAUACCUGGGGUUACCUACGAGGUUACUGUCAUUGCACUCAAGGCCCAAAGGGAGAGUGAGCCUGCGUCAGACAGUGUCAUGACUGCUUUGGAUAAACCCCGUGGUCUGACGGCAGUCAAUAUCACAGACACCGAAGCGCUACUUCUCUGGCAGCCUGCCAUUGCUACAGUGGAUGGUUAUGUUAUUACCUACAGUGCAGAUUCAGUGGCUCCAGUGAUGGAACGUGUGUCUGGAAAUGUGGUGGAGUUUGCAAUGACCACCCUGGCGCCAGCAACACGAUAUACCGUAAAGGUCUAUGCCAUUAGGGAUUUGGCCAAGAGUGCCGUCACAACAACAGAAUUUAUCACUGAUGUGGAUGCCCCUCAAGACUUGGCAGCCAGCAACAUCCAGACAGAGUCGGGCAUGCUCACCUGGAGCCCGCCACGUGCUGACAUUACUGGGUACAUUCUCAGUUUUCAGUCUUCUGAUGGCAUCAUCCGGGAGGUGGUUCUCAGCCCCACUGCAGUUUCCUACAACAUGGUUCAGCUCGGUGCCUCAACAGAAUAUUCUGUUCGGCUGCAAGCCAUUGCUGGUCCCAAGAGAAGCAGAGUCAUCAGCACUGUCUUUACGACCACUGGUGUGCUCUACAAACACCCCAAGGACUGUUCCCAGGCCCUUCUAAAUGGUGACACCACAUCUGGCCUGUUCACUAUCUAUCUGGGCGGAGAUGAGAGCCAGCCCCUUCAAGUCUACUGCGACAUGACCACUGAUGGAGGUGGAUGGAUUAUCUUCCUCAAACGCCAAAGUGGUAGACUGGAGUUUUUCCGUAACUGGAAGAAUUACACAGCUGGCUUUGGUGACAUGAAUGAUGAAUUCUGGCUGGGGCUAGCCAACCUGCAUAAGAUCACAGCAGGAGGUCAGUAUGAGCUGCGAGUGGACCUCAGGGACAAAGGAGAAACCGCUUUCGCUCAUUACGACAAGUUCUCUGUCUCUGAACCAAGGACCCGCUACAAAGUCCAUGUUGGGGGAUACAGUGGAACGGCAGGUGAUUCGAUGACCUACCACCACGGUCGUCCAUUCUCCACGUUUGACCAUGACAAUGAUAUUGCUGUUACCAACUGUGCUCUAUCAUACAAGGGUGCAUUCUGGUAUAAAAACUGCCACCGUGUCAACCUCAUGGGAAGAUAUGGUGAUAACAGUCACAGCAAGGGCGUCAACUGGUUCCACUGGAAGGGCCACGAGCACUCCAUUGAGUUUGCAGAGAUGAAAAUUAGGCCAUCCAACUUCAGAAACCUGGAGGGACGGCGGAAACGGUCAUAAACGCGUCGCCUACACCAUUGCAACCACAACAACAUUGCUACUAUACUUUUUGGACUCCCCACAAAACACCUCAACCCAGAAUGAAAACCUCUACCUGCCCUGCAACAACCAAAGCCACUGCCAAUUCCCUCGCUGCUUCCAUGUAGAUCAACACACACUUCUAUUCUCUUACAGGCUGCCAAUACUCCCUUAUAUGGAUUUUGCAAACUGGACUUAACAGAAACCCAAUUCUGAGUCACAUCAAGGAGAAUAGUACAAUUACACCAGACCUGAUUAUCUAAAUCGCUUGUCGUUGCAGCAUUUUUCACAAGGCAUGCGUGCAGCUUGGACAUCUUGUUAUCAUAAUUAAUUGACUCAUCGCACAAGCUAAGUCAUGUUAAGUUUGUGAAUUUCAUAGUUGUUAAAAAUGUAUGUAAAUGGUGAGCAAAGCACAGCAAAAAUGAUUACAAAUAUGGAAAAGAGAUAGCACAAGUCAAAUUAAAGACACGCCCUAAAGUGUCCUGACCCUCCAGCACCACCUUAUCAUAAAUUUUCAUUUGUUGCUCUUUGUGUGACAUAACUUGUUGUCUCUGUGCCAUUUUAUCCUCCCCUGGUUUCCUCACACCCCUUUUCACAGGCUAAACAAUGAUAGAAUGGAUAUCGGUGAGAAAAGGGAAAAACAUAAAGGAAGCAAAACUUUCCACUUAUUUGGGGAACCCCAAGUCAACAGCCACUGUAUUGUGCGUUAAGGGAGACAUGUUAUGCGUUUUCACAAUAUUAAACCACUGCCAGGUGCCUUGAAAAAAAAAAGUCCCUGGUAUUAAUUUACAUCAAAAUACAAUAAAUACAGCCAACAACUGAAUAUCUACUAAGGAUGCUCGACUUCAAAUAGUAGGGAUUUUUUGGAAAAGGGAGAUAAGGCGGGGGGAGCGGUUCGGUCUCAUGCAAAAGAGCCACUUGCCAUCAAGGACCUGUUCUACGGGGUCAAUGGGCUGUCUUUUCGAUGACAACCUGGAGCAAAGCUCAGGUUUUGUGUUUACAGGAGCUACUUGUUCUCAAACAGCUGAGACUCUCAAGACCAAGGGAAGCAGAAAAAGAGGAGAGAGAGCAGAGAAAGACAUACACUUUUGCCGGUCGAGAUAGCACUUCCACUUCUACCAACCCGCGAAAUGACACUCUUCAAUUAUUGCCGUGGACUUUUGUAUGUGGUCAGACCUCAGACAUAUCAACAUGUUGUCUUUGCCCCGCUAAGGUUUCAAGUGUAGAGCGGAAAAAAUUGUGGUGGCUCUUGCCCAUUACGUCCGACAGCUAUGUCAGAAUAAGACAACAUUCAGAAUAGCUCGUUCAGAUACGGUUUCAGAAACAGGCAGCUGAAAAGAUUGACUUGAUUAUUUAAUUUCACACUUGAUGGGUGGGCAGGCACUCUAUAACCCAACUUUUUGUAUAAAAGCAGUUCAUUUUUUUCCAUAAUGUGUCACCUUUAAAACACUGAAACAUUCAUUUAGACUAUGUGUUUGUUGAAACCAAGGCAGGACCUAUUAUUGAGUAUAUUUGUUUUUCGUACUUGCAAAAUUGCGAAUAGAUAUACUGGAUGUUGAAUAAGAGGAUUUGUUGUGUUGUGACACAAAAGAUUUUGAUGCUCAAAAUGUAAUAACCUAGUAAGCUCAUUAAUUAUGAUGUUUAAAAUGUUUGGAUGAACCAGCUAGAGAACUAGUAAAUGUUUUCAAGUCCCCCAUUCACCCUCAUUGAAGAAUACUAAGCCACUGACCAUCAAAAGAAUGCCUGUGUAAAUUUAUUCUGGUCUUAUUGAUUUGUUUAUACCUGGGUGAACAACAGCUGUUUCUCUGUAAAC